AGAGAGUGCACUGCUCAUCCUUUCGGUUUUGUCAGUGUAUGGGAAUGCUGGACAUCAACACACAGCGAGGGAUUCGGCCGAAAGCACUCCUCCUCGGUGUCUGAGCCCUGCUGCCUUCACCCCCGUUUGGAAGAUACAGAUGUCAGAAGCCAAGACAGACAGAGCAAAAGUCAAACCAGCAGAAAGUUUUGAAAAUGAUAAACAAAAUAUUUCUUGGCUGAAGAAAGAACUGGACAAACCCAUCCUCCAGCCCCAUGGAGACUCAAGUAAGAUCCCCACAUCCUCAGCUCCUUCUCCUCAAGACAGCUGCACCAGCUCCUUGCCUCUCCCAGUUCUCCAUGAGGUGAUGCUGAGCAGUGAGGACCACCCAGAAAACCAGCUUACAAAUAAAAAACAUACAGAUGAAAAGACCGUGAAAGGUAUUGUCAUGAGUUCUGUUGCAGAAUUUAGCAUGGCAGACACUUCAUCAAAAGAAACCAAAAAUGAGAAGAAAUUGUCAGGAGCAAGCAGAUCAUCCAUUGCUUCCCUGGAGAAAUGCAGAGAAUUCACCUACAUUGAAGAUGAUGCGUCAGUUCAUCAGAGAGACAGUGAUGAUGAAUGUGCAACACUUAUCCUGGCCUGCUUGUUCUGCCAGUUUUGGGACUUUCUUAUAAUGCUGCCUGAUACCUGUGAACACUGGCUGAUAGAUACCUGUUGUCCAUCCAAUAGAUACUACCAGGCCUCCGAUGAAGACCACUCCAACAACGACUGCAACUGUGACUGUGACAUUGAUUGCAGCCUCUUUGAGUCCUGCCACGAGACUGGCGAAUGCCUGGAACUUGCCAUGGAGAUUUCUGAAGUCUGCUAUCGUUAAUAGGAAAACAAUUGACAACAAUCCUGAAAACUGCCGGGAAGGGAUUGGACAGAGUACAAGGAGACUUUUUUUUGGGAAAAAAAAAAAGAUAACAGGAAU